UUUUAUUUUCAGGUCCAAAAUGUUUGUCACUAUCUUAAUAGUCUUUCUUGCGAUAUGUCUUCUCGACGUUCUUUGGAAGAAGAAACGCAUCUUUAGAUUGAAAAAUAUUCAGGGUCCAUUAUCUCUGCCCCUUAUCGGAAGCAUUUGGAUAUAUGUUGGGAAAAAACCCGACGAUCUACUCACAAUGGCUGAAGAGUUACCUAAAAAAUAUGGCAACACAUUCAAAGUUUGGAUAUUUAACAUACUUGCGAUUUAUACAAUCGACUUGAAGGACAUUCAAGAAGUUCUUGGCAACAAAGCUUUAGCAAAAAAGAAUAGAAUGUAUUCAAUGCUGCACAUGUGGUUAGGUGAUGGAAUGCUUCUAAGUUAUGGUCCAAAAUGGUGCACUCGACGAAAGAUAAUAACACCGACAUUUCAUUUCAAAAUUUUGGAGCAAUUUAUAGAAGUGUUUGAUAGCCAAAGUUGUAUUUUGGUGAAGAAACUUAAGAGUCAUGCCGAUGGGCAAACACCAUUUGAUAUUCAUGACUAUAUUGGAUUGGCCACGCUCGAUGUUAUCUCCCAAACAGCAAUGGGAACAGUAAUUAAUGCCCAAACAGACGAAAAUUGUGAAUAUGUUAAAUUACUGACUAAAGUGACAGAUAUAUUUGUGAAGCGUUUCAUAAAUGUUCUCUACAGAAGCGAUUUUCUUUUUUCGAUUUUGGCCCCGCAACUUAAAAGACAAAAUGAUAAAGUAGUAAAGGAUUUGCAUGCUUUUACAGAUGCCAUCAUAGAAAAAAGGAAGAAAGAACUUUGCAUGCAACCUGGGCCAAACACAAAUGAAUUUGACACCAAGCAUAGAAUGGCACUUCUCGAUAUUCUGCUACUAUCGACUAUUGAUGGGAAACCGCUUUCAAAUGCCGAAAUCCGGGAAGAAGUCGAUACAUUUAUGUUUGCAGGCCAUGACACCACAAAGUCGGCAAUAGGAUUUACGUUGUAUUGCAUUUCGAGAAACCCUGACGUCCAGGAAAAAUUGGUUGAGGAAAUUCAAGAAAUUAUUGGAACAGAUUCCGAUAAAACAGUAACAUAUAGGGAGUUGAUGGAACUCAAAUAUACAGAGAAAGUUAUAAAAGAAGGGUUGCGAGUCUAUCCAACAGUUCCAUUCAUCGGAAGACAAUCGAUAGAGGAUUGUAACAUAAAUGGAAAAUCAAUUCCGAAGAACACCACGAUUCUCAUUCCACUGACCAUUCUCAUGAAGAAUCCACAAAUCUUCCCAGAACCAGAGAAAUUUUUGCCUGAGCGUCAAACUCCUGACAAUCCUUAUGCUUUCAUUCCAUUUAGUGCCGGACCGCGGAACUGUAUUGGACAGCGUUAUGCCAUGCUGGAGAUAAAAACUAUUAUUACAAAAGUUUUAAGACACUAUGAACUGCUGCCCUUAGGUCAGCCGGUCCAACCAACCCUAAGUGUAGUACUGAAUUCAAAAAACGGAUGGCAAAUGGGAUUUCGCUCAAGAAAAUACAAAACAUUACCCCAAUAA